GAAUGAUAGUGAAUCGUUCAAACUGCCACACAUCCUGCAACGGUGAAAUAGGCAGUAACGUCGUCGAAAAACGUGAAAAUGCUUCGACCGAUUCUCGCAGGCCGCUGUCCAUGCCACAUUUUAAUUAUAUUGAUGCUCGCAAAUUCUUUGACGAGCCAAUCGGUUGCGAGCGAAGUGAAGGAGCCGGAGCUUGAUGUGCGAUCAAACAACAAUGAAGAAUUAGACAGAAAUUAUUUGGCGACCCUCAUCGAACGUUUCGAUGCUCUUGCCGCUGCCGCCAAGAAAGAAGAACAAGAGGCCGAAGAAAUGGUGGCCAGCAUUCCGACGGAGCAAAUUGAAGAAGCUUUACGAUUUGGCCAGCAAUACGUAGAAGAAUGGAAGCAGCUGGAACAGCGUAUAGCUAAAGAGGAUGAAAAUCGAUUCAUGCUUCAAGGCACUUCUGACAAAAAUGGUGGUACCUUGUUGUCGCCUGCUGCCAAGUAUUCGGCACGUUUCGCUUUCGUACGACACAAUCCCGCAGCUAUGGCUCAAUCCAAAGAAGCCGCUGUUGAUUACGUGGCUCGACAAUACUUGAGCGACAGAUUGGCAAUUCCGGCAGGAAAAAUUGGGUCGGUUAGUAGAUUGGCUACGUCAUCCAAUGUCACAGAUAGACAGGCUGAACUUCCUCCCCUAUCGCCGUGUGACUUCAAUUCCAAAUUCCGCACCAUAGACGGUUCGUGUAACAGCAAUUACCAACCCAGAUACGGACAAGCUGGAACAAUCUUUCGGCGACUUACAAGCUACAACAUUUACGCAGACAAUGUGUCCAAAUUCCGUACCUCUGUGUUCGGGCACCCAUUACCAAACCCUCGCUUCCUCUCCACCUCUAUUACGGUGAACGACACUGUGCCCGAUCCCAGCGUGACUCUACUCACGAUGCAAUGGGGACAGUUUCUCGAUCACGACCUCACUCUUACCCCAACGUUCACAAGAAGUGAUGGAACUGAAUUCCACUGCUGCUCACAGGAACAAACGGGAUUUGACGUUACUCCACCUCAUCCUGAAUGUUCUCCAAUCGCCAUUCCUAGAGGAGAUAAGAAAUAUGAUCCAUCGGGCAGAGGUCGAGUCACUUGUAUGAAUUUUAUUCGUUCCAUUUUCGGUAAAGAUCUCAACGGCAACACACCGACGCAAAGGCAUCAUGUGAACAGUCUAACGCAUUGGAUUGACGCUUCAAACGUCUACGGCAGUGACGAAGCCACGGCACAGAAAUUGCGAGACCCCAAUGGCAACGGUCGGAUGAAGGUUUCCUUUAAUGGCGAUCGCCAGAUGCUACCCCUGAAACCUAAUUGUUGCAAUGCUCCCAUUCCUACGGGUGGAACUUGUACGGCCAUAUGCUUUGAUGCAGGCGAUGGUAGGGUUAACGAGCAGCCCUUACUUACUCUGAUGCACACGAUUUGGGUUCGUGAGCACAAUCGCAUCGUGGAUAACUUGCACAUCGUUGCGCCGUUUCAAACGCCCGAGUUCUACUAUCAACACGCCCGACGGAUCGUCAUCGCAGAAAUGCAGCACAUCAUCUACAAUGAAUACUUGCCCGUCAUGAUUGGUCCGGAAAGGGCGGCCCAGGUCACGAGUGGGGAGUUUCCGUACAGCCCAUAUACCGAUCCAGCCAUUGCCACGGAAUUUUCUACAGCCGCUUUCCGUAUGGGUCACUCUCAGUUGAGAAGCUUCAUCAGAUUGUUUGACAAGAGUGGACAACACAGCAAAGACAGCUACACACUGUCCGACUCGUUUGACGAACCUUUCAGGAUGCACCAACCAAAUUUCAUGGACGAUGCGCUACGAGGUCUCCUACAAGUUCCUGCCAUGGCAGUUGACAACUGUAUGGCCGACGACAUCACUAGUCAACUCUUCAAGCCAAAAGGACAAACACUUGGACUUGAUUUGAUCUCAUUAAAUAUUCAACGAGGAAGAGAUCACGGUUUAGUUUCAUACUUCUGGAUGUCACAUUUAUUGAAUUCGAAUUACGGAUUACAAACACAACCAAUUCAAUUUGAUCAUUUGCUGCAUAAAAUGCCAGUUGAAGUGGUCAGUGCACUCGCGUCCGUUUACAAUCACCCCUAUGACAUAGACUUGUUCAUCGGCGGAGUCGUUGAAACGCCUUUACCCAACGCUGCGCUGGGACCCACGUUUGCCGGUCUUUUUGCAUUGCAAUUUUUGAAUUUACGACGGGCUGAUCGUUUCUUCUACACAUCUAACAUUGGCCAACCAUACGCCUUAACUUCAAAUCAAUUGGCCGAAAUCGAAAAAGUGUCUUUGGCUAAAAUUAUUUGCGACAACAGCGACGGUUCAAUCACCCGUAUUCAACCGAAAGCCUUCCGAGUUCCUGACGAUUUGUUAAACAAGCCAGUACCAUGCAGUAGUUUGGCAGGAAUCGACUUUCCCAAAUUCUUACCGCUCUAACCAUUCACGACAGGUGCAUGAAUAUUUUGGGAGACUUAUCUAGCCAAUCGUGGCUUCUUUUCUUUGGUGAUUGCGGGUUAUUAACACAGUAUUCAUGUACAUGUAAGAGGUUUAAGCAAAUAAACCGGUUGCGGAGAAUAAUAA